AUGGCGCUAGACCUGGAGCCCGGCUACGUCGCCGCCGGCAUGGCCCAGGGAGGAGGUGACACCGAGCUGCCCUUGUUCAACGUCGAGCAUGUCAGGCUACAGUUCAACAUCGCGUCUGACUUCGUCGCGGGCCAGGUCGCCAAUGAUGUCCUCAUCCUUGCUCUUGCGACCGGUCGGAUCCUGCGCAUUGAUCUGGAGAGUCCGCAAGACAUUGAUGAUGUCGAUCUGCCCAAAAAGACCAGUGAAGUCGGUCUUAUACGACGCAUGUUCCUCGACCCUUCAGCUUCGCACCUCAUCAUCACUACCACUUUGGGCGAGAACUUCUACCUCCACAGCCAGUCCAAGCAGCCAAAGGCGCUGUCUCGUUUAAAAGGCAUUUCGAUUGAGACAGUCGCAUGGAAUCCUUCACAGCCUACAGCUUCGACCCGGGAGAUCCUCAUCGGUGCUACCGAUGGCAAUGUCUACGAAGCAUAUAUUGAGCCGGCCACCGAGUUUUACAGGCGGGAAGAGCGAUACUGCACACAGAUUUGGAAAAUCCCAGACGGCGCUGUCACUGGGGUCUGGACCGAUAACAUCCCCGGAAAGCCGGAUUUGAGGCGUGUCGUGGUAUCCUCUCAUGCCGCAAUAUAUCACUGGAUAGGCAAAAUGGGCGGGAAAGGUAAAGAGGGUUCGGCAUCAAUAUAUGCAGAUCUUUUUCAGAAGGAGAGCCCAUCGACACAGACAGCGACCAACGUCUCGGCAACGGCACCGUCCUCCCUGGCAGUGUCCCCCGAGGUGGCAGGCACGGGAAGCACAGAAGAAACAGACCGUAGCUUCGGUUGGCUAACAUCUCAAGGUGUUCUUACCGGCAAACUCCUCACAUCGCCCGUCAGCCCGAGUUUGGGCAGCCAGAUAUUUAGCAAGGCGAAGCUACAUCCACGAUCGGUCUUUCCAGAGACCGUGUCAGCUCGUGGAGGACGCAAGCUGAUUCAAGAUCCCAUCCAAUCCAUGAUCCUCAGUCAAUGGCACGUUCUUGCUCUCGCCGAAGGCCGCGUCGUGGCCGUCAACAGGCUAGACGGCAAAGUGGUGUAUGACCAAGCUGUUCUUGACCCUGGUCAAACGGCGCUUGGCCUAGCUGCGGACCAGAAAAAGAACAGCUACUGGUUGUUCACCGCACAAGAGAUCUACGAGAUUAGAGCCGAAGGGGAGGACCGAGACGUAUGGCGUGUCAUGCUGCAGAAUCAAGACUACGAUGCUGCCUUACAAUACGCAAAGGGCGCUGCUCAGAAGGACUCGGUCGCCACGGCGUCUGGCGACUACCUCUCCAGCAAAGGCCAGUAUCUGGAGGCUGCCAGUAUCUGGGGCAAGAGCAGCAAAGCAUUCGAAGAAGUAUGCCUCCAACUCAUCGACAACGGUCAAGACGAUGCUCUCCGAAAGUAUCUGUUGACCAAGCUUUCAUCGUACAAGAAGGCAUCCUAUAUGCAGAGAGUCAUGAUUGCGAGCUGGCUUGUCCAGAUCUACAUGGCCAAGCUCAACAAUCUCGACGACCACGUUGCCACGAAGGGAGAGCUAGCAGAAGACACCAGUACUUCAGGCGCCGAAGAGGAGCUCAAGAGGAUUCGCACCGAAUUCCAAGAGUUUGUCUCCAAGUACAAGUCGGACCUCGAUUCCAAGACCAUUUACGAAGUCAUUGCCAGCCACGACCGAGAAGAGGAACUGUUGUAUUUUGCAAACACCAUCACCGACUACGACUAUGUGCUUUCAUACUGGAUCCAGAGAGAGCGCUGGAACGAAGCACUGUCGGUGUUGAACAAGCAGAGCAACCCCGACACCUACUACCGCUACAGCAAUGUCCUCAUGACCCACGUUCCAUCAGGAUUCAUCGAGAUCCUGAUGCGCCGCAACAACAUCGAGCCACCGAAGAUCUUACCGGCUUUGCUCAGCUACAACGAGAAUGCUUCCGACGUGCCACUAAAUCAGAAUCAAGCAGUGCGGUAUCUCAACUUUGUGGUCAACGCCGUGCCAGACAGUCCGGCGGCUGUGCAUAACACGCUAAUCUCAAUCAUGGCUUCCCACUCUUCGGCCUCCGAGACAGCCUUGCUCAACUACCUAGAGACACAGCCUUCGCCUCCACUCUAUGAUGCCGAUUUUGCGCUGAGACUGUGCAUUCAGCACAAUCGUGUCCAGUCAUGCGUGCACAUCUACAGCGCCAUGGGCCAGUAUCAGCAAGCGGUCGAGCUAGCACUGGAUCAUGAUGAUGUCGAGCUUGCAGCAAUUGUGGCCGACCGAUUGGAGAAUGAUGACAAGUUGCGGAAGAAGCUCUGGCUGCUGAUUGCGGAGAAGAAGAUCAAGGAAACAUCGUCCAUCAAGGAGGCAAUUGAGUUCCUCAAACGUUGUGAGCUGCUCAAGAUUGAAGAUCUCAUACCAUUCUUCCCGGAUUUUGUUGUCAUUGACGACUUCAAGGACGAAAUCUGCAACGCUCUCGAAGAGUAUUCGCAACAUAUCGAUAGCCUGAAACAAGACAUGGACGUCUCGCAGCAUACGGCCGAGCAGAUCAAAGCCGAGAUCGCGGCGCUGGACAGCCGGUAUGCUAUCGUGGAGCCAGGCGAGAGAUGCUGGAUCUGCACACUGCCAGUCCUCAGUCGACAGUUCUUUGUGUUUCCAUGUCAACACGCGUUUCAUAGCGACUGUUUGGGUAAGCGCGUGCUUGAAAGUUCGGGCAUCAGCAAGAAGAAACGGAUCAAAAGCCUGCAGGCGGAUGUUAGCCAGGGUCUGAGCGUGGGACCUCAACGACUGAAGAUGGUCCAGGAGCUUGAUGGACUCGUAGCGGAGCAGUGCGUCUUGUGCGGGGACCUGGGCAUCAAGCAGAUUGAUGAACCCUUUAUUCGCGACACUGACAAUGUCAACGAAUGGGCCAUCUGA